AUGUCGUCCAAGCUGUUUCAGCCGCUCAAGGUCGGCCAGUCCCAGUUGUCACACCGCGUGGUGAUGGCGCCCCUCACCCGCUUCCGCUUCGACGCAGACCAUAUCCCGCUCGACAUCGCCCUCGAAUACUACACGCAACGCGCCGCCGUCCCGGGAACCCUCAUCAUCGCAGAGGCCGUGCUCAUCUCACCAGAGCACGGCGGCUUUCCCAAUGCGCCGGGCAUCUGGAACGAGCGACAGAUUGCCGGCUGGAGGGAGAUCACGGAUGCCGUUCACGCAAAGGGGAGCAGCAUCUUCGCCCAGCUCAUCGCACCAGGUCGCGCCGCCGUCGUCCCCGUCUUGGAGAAGGAGGGCGGCCACCCUCUAUUGAGUUCCAGCGCCGUCCCGAUCGGAAUCGAAUCUCCAGUUCCCAAGGAAAUGACGGCCGAGGAGAUCGCGGCUGCUAUCAAGGACUUUGCGCAGGCUGGCAGGAACGCGAUCGCGGCUGGUUUUGACGGCGUCGAAGUCCACGGCGCAAACGGUUAUCUCGUCGACCAGUUCCUUCAAGACACUUGCAAUCAGCGCACAGAUCAGUGGGGUGGAACCGUCGAGAACCGCGCGAGAUUCCCCGUCGAGGUCGCCGCUGCGCUGGUCGAAGCGAUCGGCGGCGAUAAGGUUGGAUUUCGUAUCAGCCCGUACAGCACGUUCCAGGCAAUGAGGAUGCAGGAUCCCGUCCCUCAGUUCUCUCAUCUCGCUCAGAAGUUGAAGGAGCUCAAACUUGCCUACCUGCACAUCAUCGAGUCUCGCGUCAACAACUGGGAGGAUGUUGAAAAGAUGGAGGGUAUCGAGUUUCUCUUGGAGAUUUGGGACAACGUCUCGCCCGUUCUGGUCGCGGGUGGAUUCUCUCCCGAGCUGGCGCAGACAGCUGUCGACGAGGAGUAUGCCAAGUGGGAUGUCGCUGUUGUUUUCGGCCGUCAUUUCCUGGCAAACCCGGAUCUGCCAUUCCGCAUCAAGCAUAGCCUGCCGCUGAAUAAGUAUGAUCGGGAGACAUUCUAUACGCCGUCCAUUCCGCAGGGUUACAUAGACUAUCCCUUCCACCCUGCCUUCAAGCCUGGUAAGCCGUUGGCGUAG